AUGAAUAUUACUACUGGCUGCAUCUUUUUCAGGCAGCAAAGAGAGCUCAUGGAGUUGUGCUUGUACUUUAAGUUUUUCUUGAAAUCGUCUAUUAAAAAUUUGCUUUUUGGAUUUUUAAAUUUCAUAAAGAUGGAGAUAGUAACUCUGGAAAAACUCAAGCUAUGAAAAAUACGACUGGCUGCAUCUUUUUCAGGCAGCAAUAAGAGCUCAUGGAGUUAUACUUGUACUGUAAGUUUUCCUUAA